GAAGCCCGCAGCACCAACAGCUUCGGAUCAUUCACACUGCCAUCUCUUAUCCUCUAAGACAAAUCAAAUAUUCAACUAUUGAUAUCAGGAUUUAUUGUUCCAAUAGAUCGACAUAGCAGCUGCGGUUUCCAAAAGAAAACACUCCAAAGCUCAGCCGUCUCUAGAUCAACCACCAUGACUUCUAUCGGCACAGGCUACGAUCUUUCAAACUCCGUCUUCUCUCCCGAUGGCAGGAACUUCCAGGUUGAAUACGCCGUCAAAGCCGUUGAGAAUGGAGGCACCGCUAUUGGUAUAAGAUGCAAAGAUGGUGUUGUCCUUGCUGUGGAGAAAUUGAUUACAAGCAAGCUGUUGAAGCCUGGUGCGAAUAAGAGAAUAGCAACUGUUGACCGAAACAUUGGCAUUGUCUCCGCUGGCCUUGUACCUGAUGGACGACAUUUCGUCUCAAGAGCGCGAGACGAAGCCGCUUCCUGGAGAAAGACCUACAAAGGACCUAUUCCAACAUCAGCUCUCGCCAACCGGCUCGGCGGUUAUGUUCAAGCCUACACCCUUUAUUCUAGCGUCCGUCCUUUCGGUGUUACUUCGAUAGUGGGAGGCUGGGACUCUGAGGCAGAGUUAUCUGUGGAUGGUCAAGUAGGAACAGGACCCAGUGUCGGAGCUGGUGGGAAAGCCAAGGACCUCAAAGCUGGUGGUCCAGGGCUGUAUAUGAUUGAACCUAGUGGUCUAUACUGGGGCUACUACGGUGCAGCGACUGGCAAAGGACGACAAGCAGCAAAGGCAGAACUCGAGAAACUUGACCUUCCCUCGGGAAAUCUCAGUCUUCUCGAUGGUGUCAAGGAAGCAGCUCGAAUUAUCUACGUCGCGCAUGAAGAAGAUAAGGAUUUCGAACUCGAAAUGACAUGGAUCAGCUCUCUUGACGGACCAACUAAGGGACGGCAUGAGGAGGUGCCUCGUGAAUUGCUCGAGGAGGCCGAAAAGGCUGCUAAGGCGGCGAUUGAGGGCGAAGAUGAAGAGGAAGAGGAAGGUCAAAAGACGAGCGAGGGAGAGCGAAUGGAAGAAUAAAUCAGACAUCCUAGAAUAUGAAUUUUCUUUGUUGUAUUAAUUCCUUUUCUUUUCGCCUUCUACGCAAGUAGUCUGAUCUACUUUGGUCACACUGUUGGUGACUUAUGAUUCAAUCCUCCUAUGAUAUCGUAAAGAAAGCCCUCCUAUCCAAGUCCCAGUCUCAGUUCUGAAUAAAACAUUAUCAUGCCACAAUUCUCCCCUCAGACCACCCCUUCUUCUUCAAGGCCAACUCGACAGCUGCAUGGCCCCAAUCCUCACCAUGGUUAUGCUUCUUCCCGCUUCCCAAUCCAGCCCGUUCAAGACCUUGCUCCUCGGUCAGCAGAGUCAACAACCCAAAGACAACAGGGACAUUAGCCUCAAGUUGAACGCGCAUGAGACCGUGCGAGACGGCAUCGGCGAUGUACUCAAAGUGCAUAGUUUCGCCUUUAAUAAGCACGCCGAUGGCGAUGAUGGCGUCGAAGGGAGCUGUUGAUGCGGCUGCGGUAUUAGAAGAGGUGGUGGCUUGCUGACUCAGGUCGGUAGUUGAUGAAGAUAGAAGGUCUGUUGCGGCUAUAUCGCCUGUCGACGAGCUGGCGGCAGCUUGGACAUGAGAUGCUCUAUAUAUACUUU